UAAUAUUCAACACAUGAGGGAACAGUUUGAUGCCCUAGGUCUGUCUUUUACAUGGGAAAGGGAAAUAACCACUUGCUUACCAGAGUACUACAAAUGGACACAAUACCUCUUUCUUAAGCUUUUUGAAACUGGGAUAGUUUAUCAAAAAGAGGCCUUGGUUAAUUGGGAUCCAGUGGAUCAGACUGUUCUAGCUAAUGAACAGGUGGAUGACAAUGGCUGCUCGUGGCGUUCAGGAGCAAAAGUGGAACAGAAAUACCUCAAACAGUGGUUUAUCAAAACUACUGCUUAUGCAAAGGCUAUGUUUGAUGCUUUGUCUGAUCUCCCCGAGUGGUAUGGUGUAAAAGAAAUGCAAGCAAAUUGGAUAGGUGACUGUGUUGGAUGCUCUCUUGACUUCUUGCUAAAGGUGAAUGGGGAAGUAACAGGAGAGAAGCUGGCAGCUUACACCUAUACGCCUGAAGCCAUUUAUGGAGCUUCCCAUUUAUAUAUUUUACCGACUCACAGACUGCUGCAUGGGAAUAGCAGUCUCAGGGAAGUCUUUCAGAGGGAGCUCAUCCCAGGGAAAGACUCCCUGACUUCUGUGACAGCUGUGAAUUUACUUACCAAUCAGGAGAUUCCCAUAGUCAUCUCAGCAAAAACCAGUUUUGAGAAUUUUCUUGAUGCUAAAAUAGGAAUUCCUGACACCAGUGCAGAAGAUGCUGCACUAGCUAAAAAUCUGGGCAUUUCUUUCACUGAAGUCAUUGAGACAUCGCCAAAUGGCUUGGAGAAAGUAAUUAAUUCUGCAGAGGUCACGGGCAUGACUCGGCAGGAGGCUCUAGAAGCUGUCACCCAGCGAGCCAAAAAUAAGAGAGUAGGUGGAGACCUAACGAGUGACAAAUUAAGAGACUGGUUAAUAUCUCGACAGCGGUACUGGGGGACACCUAUUCCCAUCAUCCACUGCCAGGCGUGUGGUACUGUCCCUGUGCCUUAUGAAGACUUACCCGUGGUGUUGCCCAACAUAACCACCUUCACGGGGAAGGGAGCCUCACCUUUAGAAAGAGCUCCGGAGUGGGUGAAUUGCUCCUGCCCCAGGUGUAAGGCGGCAGCACGGCGAGAAGUCGACACCAUGGACACAUUUGUGGAUUCCGCGUGGUACUACCUGAGGUACACUGACCCUCACAACAGGGACAGGCCCUUUAAUAGUGACUUAGCAGACUAUUGGAUGCCUGUGGACUUGUACGUUGGAGGAAAGGAGCAUGCAGUUAUGCACUUAUUCUACGCAAGGUUUUUCAGCCAUUUUUGCCAUGAUAUGAAGAUGACAAAACACAAGUAA